AUGCCCAAGACACAGCCCAGCGGGCAGCAGCCGCCCGUGCCCGGAGCUCGCAUCCCUUUGCGCGGACCCGGCGGGGACAGCGGGGAUGACAGCGGCGGGGACCUAAGCCGGGACAGCGGCGAGGACAGCCCGGAUCAGCCCCGCAGCCGCAGCCGUCCCGGCGCUCCCCGGCCGGGGGACCCCAACCCCGCGGCCCCCGUUACCUCGGCAGGGCGGCCCGGCCGCUCCGCUGCUCUCCCCGCCGUGCGCUCCGGCCGCGCCGCUCCGGCCGCGCCGCUCCCGCCGCUCCUCUCCGCCAGCCCGGCCCUGGCCCCGCCUUCCCCCUUUUAUGGCCGGGAAGGCGGCGAGCGCCGUCCCCCGCUGUCCACGGGACCGCCUUCACCCGCCUGCCUCCGCCUCCAUCCGACCAGCCCCCACCGUCCCCGCAUCCCCUGUGAGCACAUCCCGCUCCCUGCAUCCCCUGUCAGCACAUCCCGCUCCCCGCAUCCCCCCAUCAGCCCCCGUCCCCGCAUCCUCCCCGCUUUGGCCAGCCUGGACUGUGAGCUUCACUUGGAGAAGUUUUACAAGUGGAUCUCCAGCAGCUUGGAGGAGAAGAAAACCUUCCAGUGCUUGUGGAAGCUGAACCAGCACUGUCCCCUUUGUGAACGACCCCUCGGUGCAGUAGAAGGAGGGGCCGAGCGCCUCCCAGGGGGGGCCGAGCGCCUCUCGGGGGGGCCGAGCGCCUCUCAGGAGGGGCCGAGCGCCUUCCAGGAGGGGCCGAGCGCCUUCCAGGAGGGCCCGGACGCCUCCCAGGGGGGGCCGAGCGCCUCCCAGGGGGGGCCGAGCGCCUCCCAGGAGGGCCCGGACGCCUCUCAGGAGGGGCCGAGCGCCUUCCAAGAGAGGCCGAGCGCCUUCCAAGAGGGCCCGGACACCUCCCAGGGCCUGAGCCCAGCGGAGGCCGCGGCCGUGCUGGCGCUGAUGGAGGAGCACGAGGAGCCCCUGAGGAGCCGCUCCAUGGCCUUCACUGAGCACCUGGAUCAGGAGCUGCGGGGGCUGGAGGAGGCCAACCUCCGAGCCAUCAUCUCCUCGGAGCAGCAGGUGGCCGAGCUGAUGAGCGCCCUUGACGAGGCCCUGGCCGAGGUAGCCAGGGUGGAGGAGACCCUGCAGGUCUGUGAUGAGCUGCUGGGGGCUGUGAGGCAGCAGAUGGAUCACAUCCACCAGGAAAACUCCCUGCUGCAGCGCCUCGCCUCCAACAGGAGCAGGCUGAUGGAUGAGAUCCUGUUCCUCACGAGCCAGCUGCAGCUGAGCAGGGAGCACCGCUCUGCCCUGAGCCGGGCGGAUCUGUCCAGCCCCGCAGCCAUCAGAGCCUGCACGGCUGCAGCACAGGCUCUGUCCUCCUGCAUGGACCUUCCCAUCCACCCCAGUUACCGGAAGCUGCAGGCAGUGGCAGAGCAGCUGAUCCUGUUUGAAACCCUCAAGCAGAACUUUGAGAGCUCCUUCAUCAACCACAUCACCAACAUCUUCGAGCUGCAGGGCAAUUCCCAGGCCCCUGCUCUUGGUGCCCCCAUUGGCACUGUGGCUGCCCCAAGCCACGGACCCCACCAGGAGGAGCUGCUGCCCUACACCCCCCUCAUGGCCUGGCUGAGGAACACCAACCCUGCUCUGUUCUGGGACCUCCCCAAGGUGUAUUCCCAGAACCUUGGCAGGCUCUAUGAGCGAGAAAUCAAAGCCCUUUUUGAACAGGCCAAGAUCUCCCUGUCAGGAAGAAGAAAAGGAAGUCUGCAGGAAACGUGGGAGAAGCCAGCAGGGACCAGGCAGCCCCGGUGGAGCCUCCUCAGGAGCAGGGACAGCCAGGAGGACACCCUGGCCAGGGGGAACAUGCACAGGGUGUUGGAGCAGGUGCUGAGAGAGCUGCAGCCCCUCUGCACCUCGGAGCAGCAAUUCCUGCAGGAAUUCUUCUGCCUCGGCUGUGGCUCCGUGGAGCUGGAGGGAUCUGCCACUAAGGGAGGAGAGCCCACGGUACCUCCAGGGGACCCUCCUCGCACCAAGAGCCAGAGCCAGCCAGAAGAAGCCACAACCCAACUGCUGAGUGAGCUCUUCAGCUGCCUGGAGCCGGAGCUGAGGGCAUUUCUGGAUGUCUGCAGCAAGGCUCACCCACUGGGCUGCCUGCAGGUGCUGGUGACCCUGAGUGACUCUGUGUUUGGGACCUGGGGCCCUUGCUCAGCUCCCCCGUCGUCCUUCCUCCACAACCUCCUGGAGAAUGUGCUGCUCCUGGCCAAGGGCAACUUCAACAAAUGCAUCGGGACCUUGUGCAAGGAGAUGGAGGAGGCCAAGGCUGCCAGCAGGACGACAGGGGGGAUCCUGCCCUGUGUCAGCCGCUUCCAGGAGCUCGUGGCCCUCUCUGAGGAGGUGUUCCAGACAUCCCAGCGCUGGGGGGAGCUGGACAAGGCCCAGCUCAGGCUGGCCAGCAGCGUCUUCAGCAGCAUCAGCAGCCUCUCCUCAGCAAACUUGAGGGUGAACACAGAUAUGGUGAUGAUGGAAAAUUUCCACCACAUCCACAACUUUCUGUGCCAAAGGAACAUCCCCUGCCUGGAGGGCAAGAAGAGAGAAGCCAAGCAAAGGUCCAGGGAGCACAUGGAGAAAUACAUCACCACGUACGUGGGCCAGCCCCUGGAGAGGCUCAAGCAUUUCUUUGAGAGAGUCAAGGCCCGCCUGGCUCAGGGGGUGAAGGAAGAGGAGGUCAGCUUCCAGCUGGCCUACAGCAAGCAGGAACUCCGGAAAGUCAUCGAAAAAUAUCCUGGCAAGGAAGUCAAAAGGGCCCUGGAGAGCCUCUACAGGACAAUCCAAAAACAGCUCUCCCCAGAGGAAAAUCUUCUGCCGGUGGUGUGGCAGGCCAUGGAGCAGGGGUUCAUCCAGCAGUACCGAGAGUUUGAAGAGCUCAUCCAAUGCUGCUAUGCAGGAGCAGGGAUUGCCCUCGACUUCACCAUGGAGGACUUGCUGAGCUACUUCAACUCCAUCACCAUGUCCAACAUGUAGGGAAGUC